AUGCAUUUCGACCUGCGUGACUCCAACUACGGCGUGUCCUUCCGUCUAGAGCUUGACAAGCUCGUUCAGCGUAUUCCUACCCAUCUCCAAUGCAAGGAGUGGAAAGCUUGGGCACUUACGGAGGUGGAGCGUAAGAAUUCCUUGUGGGACUACGACGCUUCUCUUCUUCUGCCUGGAGAGCCGGGUUAUAAGGAUGGGAAUCCAUCCUCCGUUCCCCACCGGCUCCUGCUCCCUUCACGCGCUAUCUCUGCCCCCCCUGCUCCAGUGGUCAUUGGCCCUACUGCCUUAGUCCCCAAGGUCGUGGAACCCGAGGCUAGCUCAUCUGGGGGAGUUCUGAUCUUUGUUGCUCUUCUAGUCCCCCGGCCGACACCUAUUAGGACCCCCCAGGUUUCACGAGAACCUAGUUUCCCUCCUGUCACUAAAAAUACUGUCUCUGUGGUUCUUCCAGCUGUCAGUUCUGGCUCGAGGGCCACAGUGGUUCGUAAACGUCAGCGGGAGACAGGAAUUCUGGCUCCUACUGUACCUACCCCUGCCUCUAAGAGGGCCAAGCCUAUCCCUGCGGCUAGCUCGUCUCGGUCUUGCGCGCCGCCUUUGGUACCUCUUUCCUCAGUUUCCCAGACCACCUUCCAGUGGAAGCCAAUUCCUGGCUCUCUCGAAUUCCCUGUCCCGUCCGCUCCACCCAUUGAUCACGAUACCAGUACUCCUUCUGCUGUGGAGAGCGAUAGGCCUGCUGGCUCUUUUCCAUGCUCAGUCGGUACCCCUGAUCCUGCUAGUGAGGGUCCUGAGGGUGCUCCCAUGGAUGCUGUUCCUUCGGCUCUGGACAGCCCGUUAUCUCCCUCUCCUCGUGCGUAUCAUCCCCUCACCGGUGAGCCUCUCCCUGGUAUCACUUAUCUUGCCUUUCCAGUCCCUCCCAAACCUGCUUCUCCUCCUCCUACACGUGCAUCUUCCCGACGCAAAGGGGUGACA